AUGUCUUUGCAAUUGCUAUCGAAAAUCAUUUUAAUAGCAAUAGCAAUUUCAAAUAUCUUAACAUAUAUGACUAUAAGAAAUUGGUUAAUGAAAUCAAAACUAGGUAUUAUCGAUUCUUCAAUAUUAUCAGAUUUAUUAUGGACAUUUUUCAUAACAAUCGUAUCCACAUGUGCUGUCCAUAUGUCAUACAAAAAGAAUUUAACUACAGUUUUAUUCUUAAUUUGCUCAGUUCUUACAUAUCAAAGCUGUUAUAUUUUUUACAGAGGAUUUUCCUUAUAUUUUGAUCCAGCAUCAUUUAUUGGACUAUACGGCUCGUAUUGGAUGGAUAAUCCAAAGCACCCAAUUUUUGGAAAUAUCAGCCGUGAAUUUAAAUGCUGUGGUUUUCACAAAGUUGAUGAGUUUUCAGAUAUAAAAUGCAGAUACCCUAAGGCAAUUCCAUGCUUAAUGGCCAUUUCGGAAGCACUUAAUAAAUCAAUCAAAGAUUCAGGCUUAGUUAUUUCUGCACAAGCUGUACUACUUCUAAUUUCAGCAAUAACCAUAUUUGUUUAUUUCUUAAUUGUUACAAAUUCAUUGAAAUGA